CCUCGCCGCCGUCACCAGCGUCGUCUGCGCACACUCGACCGCCAUGCUCGCCCGACGCCUCCCGCGCGUCGCCCAACCCCUCGCUCGUCUCUCCUCCUCCAUAGCGUCCUCCACCAGCCCUGUACCUGCCAACGAGGCCCCGUCGAAGGACGCUGUCAUCCAGCAGGCCCCCAACUACCCAGCAACAUGGUCAACUAGCCAGCGACCACGCCCGCAAGGUCGCUCGGGUCCUCGCUUCGAGCAGACCAACAUGGAGUUGCAGCCAAACCCUCCAAGUGCGCUGCAGAUGAUCGCGGAUGAGCCCAUUCGCGUUGUACAUGGUCGCAAGGCCGUCUGUGACGGCGGAGGAGGCCCUCUUGGCCACCCCAAGAUCUUCAUCAACCUCGACAAGCCUGGGCCGAAACCGUGCGGGUAUGUCACCUUUGACCGAGUAGAUUGCACUCCGUACCCAUCUGAUGUCACUUAUCUAUCUGCGUGCCUCUGUCCCAGAUACUGCGGCCUGCGCUUUGAGCAAGCACCACACCACGGACACGAGCAUUAAUUUCUGCUUUGGUUGAAUGGGGCGUUGAUGACGGGCCAAGCGUGUACACUUUGUUAGAGAGGAAUUGCAUGGUCUCAUUGUCGCGAUACCAACGCAAGGUGCGACGCUCAC